UUGAUUUUUUUCUUUUAUGAUUUACUAUAUAUAUAUAUAUACAUACCUGUGUGUCCACUUGAGGUAUAAGUGGAAAGUUACAUGUUUCUGCGCCGACUCACUUUGAAAUUAUAUUUCACUGUUCCACUUUAUAAAAAAAAAUCGCGCCGUUUCCUUGGAAACAUUUGGUCAUUAUAAGACAAACUCUUCAAAAGAAUUGAACGAAAAAAACGAAAAAAAAAGGGAAAAUUUAAUAUUUAAAUUCAAAAUGUCAAUUAAUACGACACCUAUUUUUUAUCUCAAUUUGGGUGGCGAAAUGUUAUAUAUUUUACGACAAAGAUUAAAAGCACAGAGGAUCGAUGUUGAGAAAUCUAUUCAAGUUCUUGAUGAUGUAACUCUCGCCUUGUUGGAUCCUAAAACACUUUCGUUAAUUUUUGAAAAAACCCCAUUAAUGGACCUUGCUUCGAUUCGUUCUAUUUUAGAGAGUGUUAUUCUCUGUUCAAUAAUGAAAUUAGAUGGAAACAGUAUGAAUAAAUUAUUUGAAUUAAUGUACACAAUGGUGAAAUAUCAAUUGACAACUGCAACUGGACCAAGGGAAGUUGUUUUAAUAACAUUAAAUCACACUGAUGCAAUGCGAGAUAUGGUUACUGAUGAAAAUGCCCACCAAUGCGUUAGUUUAGUUCAUCAAAUGAUAAUCGAUUUAUAUUCAAAUCUAACGUACGAGGAAAUAUGGAAAGUGAGAAACGAAUGUUUACAAGUUUUAAAUCCAAUAAAAAUACGAAUGACAAUUCUUUUGAGACUCGGUCUUCAAAAUGAAAAUGCCACCUUCAAUAUUGGAAAACAAACUUAUAACGAGAGAUACGAACAAAAAAGGUCACAAAUUGGUAAUUUAAAAUUAACAGACGUUAAUUGCGAUGAAACAAAAUUUGGCUCUUUCGAACUUUUUGGCAAUCGAAUCACUUUAUUGGGAAGAAAUAUAUACUGUCCUUCGUAUGGAAAUAUUCCAAAAUCAACAUUGAAACCAUGUUUAAAACGAAAUAGUCGACAAUUAAUGACCGAUUCAGGAUCUAAAGCUGAACUUGGAAUGCUUGCAUUACAAUUGGGAACUGAAGAAACAACAUAUGAAAGGCCAUUUAGUUUAAAUCUUUAUAUAAGCGAUGAGAAUAUGAAUUCACAAAAUGAUGGAAAUGAAUUAAAAGAAAAUGAAGAGAAAUUAAGUGAAAAUAACGCAAGUAUUGAUAAAGAAUACAAAAAUAAAUUAGAAAAUUUGUGCGCUGAUUUAAAAGACGAAUCAACGAAUAUCAAACAAACUAUGGAUCUUCUUAAACUUCUCGACGAAGUUUAAUGAUUUUUAUUUAUUUUUUAAUUUCUCUAAUUUAUU